AUGACGUGGACAAGAGAAGUGGAAACUCUGCCUCCCCUCCCAACAGACCUCUCUUCCGUCGCACCUGGAAAAUAUGCCGUCAAAUGUGAAAGUUCUGACGAAGUCACGGCCCAUGAUCAAUACAUACAGGCCAAGGUCUGGUUCAAGCUACCGUCGUUCAUCGACCGUCUCAAAAACGUCCAACUUUUUGCCAAGUCCAGAGACCAGGGAUAUCUUGUUCUCCUGGGCAAUGGUCAUACGAAAAACCCGCUUAUCAGAGAUAACGUGGAAUUUAUUUGGAAGAGUCAUUUUAGCCCAAUGGAAACAGAAGAAUACCAAUGGCCUGGGCAAUUCAUUGGUGUUCGUAACUGUGCUCGUUUCCCUGGUUGGUGGAUAUUUGUUGAGAAGGGAUACCUGGCCGUUGAAAUCGGUGAUAAACCAGUCACGCGCUUGCCACCUCAAUUCGGCGAGUUUAGCCUUUUGCAAGAUACACUGCAGGAAGUAAAUGAGAAAUUGCCAACUGAGUACGAUCCGGCUGUUCCCCCCAUGCGUGCUGAUGGAUUUGAUGCGGGUACCGAGAGACCUUUGCGCGUUCUAUCUUUGGACGGAGGAGGUGUUCGGGGUCUCUCCUCCCUAUACAUCCUGCGUGAUGUCAUGCAGCGUCUCAACCCUGGGGGCAAACCCCCGAAGCCUUGUGAUGUGUUUGAUAUGAUUGCUGGUACCAGCACCGGAGGUCUGUGCGCCAUUAUGUUGGGCCGACUGGAGAUGUCCGUUGACGAGUGCAUCGAGGCAUACAACAAAUUCAUGAACAAAAUCUUCAAUGUUGCUGGUUCCAGGUUCGAUGCCGAGAAUAUUGAAGCGGUUAUUAAGGAGGUCAUGAAAGAGAAAUUGGGUGACUCUGAAGCACCUCUCCUUAAUGAACACGGCAAGUGCAAAGCUUUCGUCCUUGCCGUUCGCCAAGACGCCGCCAACAGCAAAGGACCUGUCCACCUGCGUUCUUACGUCAACACACAGCAGAAGUCUCUUCUUCCCAAUGUCAAGGCGUGGGAGGCUGCUCGUGCAACAUCUGCUGCUCCUACCUUCUUCCCGCCCAUGGAGAUCGCCACCGAUAAUGGGGUAAAGCACAAGUUGAUCGAUGCAGCUCUGGGUGCUAACAACCCUGUUGGAUGGCUAUGGAAUGAAGUCCUGAGCGUCUUCGGUGCCGGCCGUCCCAUUGACUGCAUUCUAAGCAUCGGCACCGGUAUCCCCAAGAACCAAGUCUUUGGCGAAAGCGUCAAAGGUGCCAUUACUGGCCUGGGAAGUGCAAUCACAAACUCCGAGCUGGCCAACAUUCUCUUCCGCACACUUAUCGACGCAUACGCCCCAGAGUCUAGACGGAUGAAGUAUUUCCGACUGAAUGUUGGUCGCGAAAUUGAGGAUUGGCCAGAAAAUGCUAAGGAGGAGGAGAAUGAAGAGCUUGCUGAGAUGGAUAGUAUUAAGCAAAUUGGUGGGUUCAUUGAAAGAACAGAACAGUAUAUCAAGGAACAAGAGCCUCGGAUUCGUCGGUGCGCCAACACGUUGAACAGGCAUUUGUUCGAAAUCUACAACUAGACAGCCAAUACUACUUCC